AUGUAUUAUGUUUUAGAAGCAACGUUUGAAAACGAUGGAAAUCUUGAAGCAUUACUCAAUCACGUUUUAUGGGAACCUACUACGAGCAAUUCACCGACAACAGAAGAAGAUAAAGUGGCUCCAUAUUUUGAUGAAACAUCUAGUCAUAACAACGUCACAGUCCAAAUUGGAGCGAAUGUAGAUCUCCAUUGCAAAGUGAACCGUUUAAACGACAAAACCGUGUCAUGGGUUCGAAGGGCAGGUGAUAAGAUGCAACUACUUUCAUUUGGCCACCACGUAUACAGUACAGAUCAGCGUUACGAGCUUUUAUUUAAAGAUCCAAACGAUUGGCAACUCCGUAUAUCUUAUCUGAAUGAAAGAGAUGGAGGUCAUUAUGAGUGCCAGGUAUCAACUCAUCCACCAAUCGCAUUCACUGUUUAUCUAGCUAUUAUAGUGCCUCAAUUGGAAAUAACAGAUGAAAGGGGCGUACAAGUGAAAGACAAAUUCUACUACGUGGGUAGCACUAUAGAGCUAAAAUGCUAUAUAACCAAAGUACCCCAACCAAGUCAAUUCAUUGUAUGGCGUCACGAGACGACAAGCCUAAAUUACGACACAAGCCGAGGCGGUAUCAGGUAA